UUCAGGCUGGAACCAUUGUUGGCGCGUAUCAAACAGAAACGUUCAGCGGUUCUUUGCCCGAUUAUCGAUCACAUAUCAGCCGAAACGCUGGCUUAUUCGGGCGGUGACGAAGUGACGGCAGUUGGUGGAUUUUGGUGGAGUCUUCACUUUCGUUGGGAACCUUUACCAAAGUCCCUGAGCGGUGAUCGCACGGCGCCAAUUCGAUUAACAUUCGCGUAG